AUGACCACCGACGAGCCCGUGUGGACUCCUGAGUCCGUCCUCGAGACCCUCCCCCGCCGUCCGGAGGAGAACUCCACAUCGCCGGUCCCCUUCUUCCACCUGAUUGAACGUUUGAAAACCACCAAGCGCGAGGGCUGGCGCCGCUUUGGCAUCAACGGCGAGUCGAUCGCAGACCACAUGUACCGCAUGUCGAUCAUGACGAUGAUGGCCCCGCCGGCCCUGGCAGCUAAGCUCAACAUCGCGCGCUGCACAAAGAUGGCCUUGGUGCAUGAUAUGGCCGAGGCUCUCGUUGGCGAUAUCACUCCCGUCGACUACCACAUCACGAAGGCUGAGAAGGCUCGUCGCGAGGCUGCUGUCAUAGAGUACAUCGCUACCACUCUCUUGGGCAAGGUUCCUGGCGGCGCAUUGUCGGGCGCGGACAUCAAGAGCGUGUUCGAGGAGUACGAGGAGGACGUCACUCUUGAGGCUCACUUCGUGCAUGAUAUUGACAAGAUGGAGCUGCUGUUGCAGAUGGUGGAGUAUGAGCAUGCCCAUGAGACUGAUCUCACUGAGUUCGCUCAUGUCGCUGGCCGCAUUCGCUUGCCUGAGAUCAAGGCCUGGGCUGAUGAGGUUAUUGCGGAGAGACCCAAGCAGAAUGUCUAG